CUCGUAGCCUAAUAUUCCCGAUUCAUGUCGAUGACGUUCUGUUAUGGAUUUUCCACCAGACCCUGUUCCCAAAACUUGCUGAUCAGGUGCUUACGUGUCUUAAACCGAGAAGAUAUAUUGGUUUUGAAGUGUCCCUUGGUACUGUACCUGCAUAUUCACAUCAUCUUGAGAGCUUCUCAGCAGAUCCAUAGACGAGACCACCCAACAAAUCAACAACAUUGCAAAGUUCUUUCAACUUCAAUUGAAUUCUACCUGUAUUCCUUGUUUCUUUUCAAUAAAUCCUCACAUCAACAUCUCUACGAGUGCGUCUGAGAGCAUUGCAACCCAUAACACUCAGCUUCACAAACGACUUAUUCCCUUUCAUACCCAUACCCAUCCAUCUUCCUAGCCACCCUCAAGAUGUGUCGCUGGUUCGCAUACAUCUCCCCAGACGAGGAAUGUCUCCUCGAAGACGUCCUCAUCACACCUCCAAACAAGUGCACGACCACUACCUCCCCAAACUCUUCUCCCACACGCCCGGUGAAGAAACCACCGAACAAGAAGUCACUGUCCGCAACCGUCUCUUCAACGUCGACGGCUUCGGCAUGGCCUGGUACACACCCGCCCGCUCCUCCUUCGUAGCCAACACCGACAGCAUCCGGCCCGCAAUCUACAAGCAAAGCAAACCGCCCACCAACGACGCCAAUUUCCACAGUAUAUGCGGCAACACCGCCACCACCGCCAUCUUUGCACACAUCCGCGCCGCCACCGGCACCAGCGUCACGACCAUCAACAAUCACCCCUUCAUCUUCGGCCGCCACACAAUCAUGCACAACGGUCUGAUCUCCGACUUCGCCGAGGUGCGUCGACCCAUGCUCGAUGAACUCGAGAAAUCCGCGUACGAGAACAUCCACGGCACCACGGACUCUGAGCAUCUCGCCGCCCUGUACAUCACUAACCUGACCAAAUCCGUCGGUAGCGGUCCAGAAUCCUGGGAACGCCAGUACAAGCCCGAAGAAAUGCUCGACGCUCUCGUCAAGGCCUUUGAAUCUGUCAUCCAAAUCCAGCAGAAAGUCCUAGGCAAAGAAAACGUCAAGGCCUGCUCGCUCAACGUGUGCGUCACCGAUGGACAACAACUUGUCGCUGUGCGUCUGCGCAACCACGCCGUCGAGCAGCCCCCAUCGCUGUAUUGGUCCACCAAGGCUGGCAUCACACUCAACAGAAAAUACCCAGACAUGCCUGGCGGUGAGCACAACCCCAAUGCCCACAAGGACGUCAAAGAACAUGGAAAGCAUGUCAUUGUUGCCAGUGAGCCUACCACCUACAAAUCUGGAGAGUGGUCUCUAGUCGAAAAGAAUCAUGCGGUUCUCGUAGAUGGCGAGGGAAAUGCAAAGGUCGAGAAGGUCGACAUACCGGAGUCUUGGAACGCUCAAGCGGCAACUGGAUCAAGCUUCUGAGCAUUUGCAUCUGGUACAGGCAAAAAAACGGCACGUAAUGCACCAAAUUUAUAAACACAAAAGCAUCUGAACCCUUCGAACUUUUUGUUCAC